AUGGCGGACGGAGGUAAUGCGGUGCCUAGAGUCACCGAACAAAUAAGAGAAGUGAUUGCCGAGGAGGUUGGAAAGGAAAUCGAAAAUAGUUUGUCUGGUUUUAUUGAUAAGAUUCAAAACACGGUUCUAUCAAUAGUGGACGAGAGAAUCAAGAAAUUGGAAGACGACGCUAAUUUAACAAAAGAAAAGUCUGGAGGACGAAAGCCUUGUUCAUACAAGGAAUUCAUGGCAUGCAAACCGCCAGUAUAUAAUGGGGAAGUGGACCCAAUAGUAUGCCAACGGUGGCUCAGUGAUAUCGAGGGAGUAUUCGAGAGAACUCAUUGUGAUGAAAAUGACUACGUAGCCUAUGAAGUAGAGCUAGGUAAUAACAAGAGCUUUAUUGUUUAUGACGUAUGUGAAAACUGUAAAAUGAGCAUUGAUGACGAAGAAUACACAAUAGACUUGAUUCCGAUGUCGAUGGGGGAAUUCCAAGUGAUCGUGGGGAUGGAUUGGUUAUCCCGAUACCAUGCGAAGGUGGUUUGUUUCCGAAAGGAAAUUAAACUGACGACUCCUAGCGGAAAGCAAGUUACGAUAUACGGUGAAAAAGGAAGUAACCCGGUGCUAUGCUCAAUGCUAGAAGCCCAUAAACUUAUGAAACACGGAUGCAAGGCUUAUAUGGUAUACGCAAGCGAAUCAGAAAAAGAGCCCCUCAAAAUUGGAGAUGUGCCGGUGGUACGUGAUUAUGAAGAUGUGUUCCCGGAAGAACUCCCGGGAAUACCACCAGAACGGGAUGUAGAGUUCGGAAUCAAUGAAGCUGAGCAUGUGCAUCAUUUGCAAGAAGUGUUAGAGACACUCAGACGAGAAAAGCUCUAUGCAAAAUUCACAAAGUGCACCUUCUGGCUACGAGAGGUGCAGUUUCUUGGGCAUAUCAUUAGUGCGGAUGGAGUAUUAGUGGAUCCGUCAAAAGUAGAAGCUGUGUCGAAAUGGAACACUCCAAGGAAUCCUUCAGAAAUCCGAAGCUUUUUAGGGCUCGCGGGAUAUUAUUGGAGAUUCAUACAAGAUUUCUCCAAAAUUGCUUUACCUUUGACUAAAUUGACUCGUAAGGAGGAAAAGUUCGUAUGGGGUGUCGAACAGGAGGAGGCUUUCCAAACGCUCAAAGAAAAGUCAACUCAAGCUCCGGUGCUAACAUUACCGGAAGGAGUUGACGAUAUGGUGGUUUAUUCGGAUGCGUCCUACCAUGCAAGUAUUGGAAUGACACCGUUUGAAAUGCUCUACGGUAGGAAAUGCCGGACCCCGGUAUGUUGGGGUGAAGUGGGUCCACGUGAACUCGCCCGCCAAGAUAUAAUUCGAGCCACUAAUGAAAAGAUUGAUGUGGUUCGGGCACACUUGAAAGUGGCACAAGAUAGACAAAAAUCGUAUGCAGAUAAGAGGAGGAGACCGAUUGAGUUCCGGGUUGGAGACAAAGUCAUGCUUAAAGUAUCCCCAUGGAAGGGGGUUAUUCGGUUCAGAAAGAGAGGAAAGUUGAGCCCAAGAUUCAUCGGGCCGUUUUCGAUUGUUGAACGGGUAGGAAAGGUAGCUUACCGCCUUGAACUGCCGGAGGAGCUAAGCGGAAUACAUAGCACAUUUCAUGUGUCACAUCUUCGGAAAUGUCUAGCGGAUGAGACAACUUAUAUCCACUACGACGACAUUGAGGUGGAUGAUAAACUAAACUACGUGGUAAAGCCUAUUGCGAUUUUGGAUCGUAAGGUGAAAACCUUAAGAAACAAGGAGAUCAACCAAGUAAAAGUCAAGUGGGAACAUAGAAAGGGCUCGGAUACCACAUGGGAAUCCGAGGAGGAGAUGCAACGACUCUACCCCACAUUAUUUGGUACGUAA